AUGAAGCCCCUCCACCUGACAGGAAUUACGGCCAUUCUCAGUUUAACCACAUCAUUAUAUGCAGCUCCAAACGAUGACGAGGGCUAUGAGAUGUAUAAGUGUAAAGACGAGUCAUUUUUCUCGAAAAGUGUUCAUGCUUCCGCUAAAAAAGUUUUUGAUUUUCGUGGGCAGACACUGGAUGGCUACCCUACACAAUAUAUUUCUCAAGGUUAUUCUGGCAAUCCCCCGCAUAAAAUGUUUCCCAUGAUACCUAAGUUAAAGCUUAAUCAAGGUAAAACGUGUGGAUAUUUCUUAAUUGUGGAUAGUAAAGGCCAUCCACGAGGUAUGAUAUACAAGAAUCGCCAAAAAUUCGAAAAUUGUGAAGCCUAUCAAGAUGAGUCUUAA